CAGCGACGCCGGGAAGCGGCUAGUUUCUGCGGGACCCGCGGUGGUGAACGGAUCGGGAAGUGCGAGGAUGCCAAGGGGGCUCCGGAGCCUGGAUGUUGCAGCCUCUUGAUUAGCCCCCGCCGAGCCCAGCCCGAGCCCGCUUCCCCCGGCGGCUCCGCACUUGUCCCGGAGUUGAGAUGCAAACGCGCGACGUCAGAGGGUGGGGGCGGGGCGGCCGGCUUGAGUGGCAGCAGCUCGGGCUUAGGGAGGAGGCGCGAGAAUCAGCCUGGUUCAGUGACUGAGACAAACUGGAGGUGAGCGGAGCUGGUGCUGUCCACUGUGCUGUCGGUGGGCAUCCGGGGACGCCAGCGGACCGUUUGCUCCAGCUCCUCGAGGCAACGCCCUCUGGCACCCUCGGUGCCCGGCGGGACCCGCUCUACCAGCUGGACCGUAUCAACUUGACAAAGGAGUGUGGGGUCGGACGUGGGAGCGAGUCCUCUGUUGGCCACCUGGGCGCCCAGUCAAGCGUGACUUUGGAGAUUUCUAUAGUUUGAAACCAAACUAUUUUUUUCUCUUUUCCCAGCUAAGGCGAUCUUCAAUUUUUUCCCCCCCUAAAAUAUCAUUACUACUACUAUUUAUAUACGGACACACUAUUUAGGAAUCUUUUUGAGAGACUUUUUUUUUUGGCUGUUCAAAUAAGGUGAAAAGCCAAAAGGAUGUUUAAGUGCUGGUCAGCUGUUUUGGUUCUUGGAUUCAUUUUUCUGGAGUCAGAAGGAAGGCCAAACAAAGAAAUAGGAUAUGGCCUUAAAUCCUACCAGCCUGUAAUAAGACUGCGACACAAGCAGGAAAAGAGUCAAGAAAGCUCAAGAAUCAAAGGAUUUCGGCUGCAGGAUGGCCCUUUAGGAUCUUGUGAAAAUAAAUACUGUGGUUUGGGAAGGCACUGUGUUAUCAGCAGAGAGACUGGGGAAGCAGAAUGUGUUUGCAUGGACCUAUGCAAAAGGCACUACAAACCGGUGUGUGGAUCUGAUGGAGAAUUCUAUGAAAACCAUUGUGAAGUGCACAGAGCCGCCUGCCUGAAGAAACAAAAGAUUAUCAUUGUUCACAAUGAUGACUGCUUCUUUAAAGGAAAUAACUGCAAAGCCACUGAAUACAACAAGAUGAAAAGGAUGCUCUUAGAUUUGCAAAAUCAAAAAUAUAUUACACAGGAAAAUGAAAAUCCCAGUGAUGACAUUUCUCGGAAGAAGUUAUUGGUGGAUCAAAUGUUUAAAUAUUUUGAUGCUGACAGUAAUGGGCUUAUAGAUAUUAAUGAACUAACUCAGGUGAUAAAACAAGAAGACCUUGGCAAGGAUCUUUCUGACUGUACUUUGUAUGAUCUACUGAAACAUGAUGAUUUUAACUCUGACAAGCACCUGGCUCUUGAAGAAUUUUAUCGAACAUUCCAGGUUAUCCAGUUGAGUCUGCCUGAAGAUCAGAAGCUUAGCGUUACCGCAACAACUGUUGGACAAAGUGCUGUUCUGAGCUGUGCGGUUCAGGGGACCUUGAGACCCCCGAUCAUCUGGAAACGAAAUAACAUCAUUCUAAAUAAUUUAGAUCUGGAAGACAUCAAUGACUUUGGAGAUGAUGGGUCCUUAUACAUAACUAAGGUUACCACAACUCACAUGGGCAAUUAUACUUGCUAUGCAGAUGGCUAUGAACACGUUUAUCAGACUCACAUCUUCCAAGUGAAUGUUCCUCCAGUAAUACGAGUGUAUCCUGAGAGUCAGGCCAGAGAGCCAGGGGUAACUGCCAGCCUUAGAUGCCAUGCAGAAGGCAUACCGAACCCUCAGUUAGGUUGGCUGAAGAAUGGAAUUGACAUUACACCAAAGCUGUCCAAACAACUCACACUUCAAGCAAAUGGCAGUGAGGUUCACAUAAGCAACGUGCGCUAUGAAGAUACUGGAGCAUACACUUGUAUUGCAAAGAAUGAAGCAGGGGUGGAUGAAGACAUCUCCUCUCUUUUCGUGGAAGAUUCUGCUAGAAAGACAUUAGCUAACAUAUUAUGGAGAGAAGAAGGUCUGGGAAUUGGAAAUAUGUUCUACGUUUUUUAUGAAUAUGGAAUCAAAGUGAUACAACCUAUAGAAUGUGAAUUUCAGAGGCACAUUAAACCGAGUGAAAAACUCCUUGGAUUUCAGGAUGAAGUAUGUCCUAAACUAGAUGGCAAUGAAAUUCAGAGGUGUGUUUGGGCUUCAGCUGUGAAUGUCAAAGACAAGUUUAUAUAUGCUGCUCAGCCAACAUUGGACAGAGUCCUUAUUGUUGACGUGCAGUCCCAAAAAGUUGUUCAGGCAGUAAGCACUGAUCCUGUCCCAGUUAAAUUACACUAUGACAAAUCACAUGAUCAAGUCUGGGUGCUAAGUUGGGGAACCAAGGAAAAGACUUCUCCCACAUUACAGGUAAUAACACAGGCCAGUGGAAACGUGCCUCAUCAUACCAUCCACACACAACCUGUGGGAAAACAAUUUGACAGAGUGGAUGAUUUUUUCAUUCCAACAACAACACUGAUCAUUACCCACAUAAGGUUCGGAUUUAUUCUUCACAAAGAUGAAGCUGCUCUGCAAAAAAUCGAUCUUGAAACCAUGUCCUACAUCAAGACAGUUAACUUGAAGGACUACAAGUGCAUCCCUCAGUCUUUGGCAUAUACACACUUGGGCGGAUACUACUUCAUUGGCUGCAAAGCCGACAGCACUGGAGCGGUUCCACCACAGCUCAUGGUAGACAGUGUAACUGAUUCAGUCAUUGGAUUUAAUAGUGAUGUGACUGGCACUCCGUAUGUCUCUCCAGACGGACAUUACCUCGUCAGCAUUAAUGAUGUGAAAGGUCUUGUGAGGGUCCAGUACAUCACCAUCAGAGGAGAAAUCCAGGACGCGUUUGAUAUCCAUACAAAUCUGCACAUAUCUGAUCUGGCAUUCCAGCCGUCCUUUACCGAAGCCCACCAGUACAACAUCUAUGGCAGUUCGAGCACACAAACUGAUGUGCUCUUUGUGGAGCUCUCUACGGGAAAGGUUAAGAUGAUCAAGAGCCUCAAGGAGCCCCUCAGAGCAGAAGAAUGGCCGUGGAGCCGGAAGAACAGGCAAAUCCAAGACAGUGGCUUAUUCGGCCAAUACCUGAUGACACCUUCUAAGGACUCUCUCUUUAUACUAGAUGGACGGCUCAAUAAGUUAAACUGUGAAAUCACUGAAGUUGAGAAAGGAAAUACAGUCAUUUGGGUUGGCGAAGCUUAAGAUCCCUGUUAGAUCAUUAUUGAAUGAAGAGUUUUCCAGUACAUUGCACUUAAUUCAUUGUUUAAAUUUACAAUCUAAUUUUUCAAGUUUAUAUCCUAGUCAAACGAAAGUUGGUUAGCCCAAAGGAGAUAUAGAAUUUUUCGGGGUAAAAACACACACAAUUGGUAACAUUUAUUAGAUAUAUUUACUAUAAUAUUUAAUAGGUCAAUAUCAAUGGCAAGACUCAAAAUUAUAAUGAUGCUUUUUAUCAGUGAAAUAAGAAUUUAAAUACUCACAUGUAUCUCAACUGCAGGGAAUUUCAGAUGACUUUAAGCACUGUUUUAUUUUGAGGGUGAUUUAUCUAGUUUUUCUUUGUCCUUUUGGGUAUGCUAAAAUCAGAAAUCAAAGGUCUUGUGGAACCUUAAAUUCUUAAUUCAAAAUAUUCUAUCCCACUCACUGUUUAUAAUCUUUUGUGCCUUGAAGGGAAUGUCACAGAGGAACUGGAAGGCUAACAGCUGCAUAAUGAAUACCCUUACAACUAUAAAUUUCUUCGUAUUAAAGAGAAUAGCUUAACAUCUCUUGCACCAAAUUCUGCCUUCAGUCAUUUAUUUAACCCUCACUGAAAUGUCAUUUGAAAGCAUACAUUGGCCUUAGGUUGUAUACAGGUGACAAACUCUAUUUGACAGUUACUUAUACAUAAUAGUAGCCUGCAGCGUACUGUGGUGAAUGGGGAGUAAGGGAGGAGAAAUAGUUAUGGUAAAUUUGAAAAGGUUUCCAAUGUAGUCUCCACUCAUUUCUUUUUAAUAACUGUUGCAUUAUAUUUAGUGGAAGUUUGUCUGGUAUGUCAACUGCUUACAGUUAUUUAUUUUUAUAGGAAUAGCUCUUUUUUUCCUCACACAGUUCAUUACUUUGAAGGAACUUUCACUUUUCAAAAAGAGAAAGCAUUUCUGUCUGCUUAGAGUAAACCAUAUAAAGGGAUAUUAACAUCAGGAAGUAACAAAAACAAACAAACAACAACAAAAAAAACUGGCAGAAUAACUGUUGAGAAUUAGUGGUCUACAAGAAUUGUAAUAAAAAAUUUAAAAAGUACAUCCACAGUGGUGAGUCAAGACAGAGUUCUUCACUGCCAUUACUGUUUAAAUAUAACCAUCAAUAAAAGUUAUUCCUUAACAAGUUCCUUAAUAACUUUCCUUUAUGAUGUCUGUUCAUGUUCCUGUAUGAUCCUUAAAUGACCAUCUCACUAAUUGUAUACUGUACUUCUGUACCUAACUAAUCCUCUUAUUUGAAAUAUUGCAUAGAAAUAAAAGUUAUUGCUUCUUUGAUUUUAAAAGGGCAAAGAAAAUGCAGCAGCUGUGGAUUCGCACUAGAGAGUUGGUUUACUGAACUAAGCAGAUAAUUAUUCAGGCUUCCAGUAAUAGCUUAGACGUUUUGAAAAUCUUUUCACUUAUUCUUUGUUUAUUGUUGCUAAAAAUACUAGUGGGUUGGUGAAAUGACCUCCAUUUACUGAAGGCAAUCCAAUAAGGUCUUUUUUAAAUACAAAUUUUAUUCAAGUUAAAAUUGUGUAAAACUGCUUAGAAACAUGAAAUUUUAUAGCGUGUAAUAUCUUAUGUAUAUAUAGCAUCCGAAACUGUGUGAUACAGUAAAUUUCUUCUUAGCUUAAAGAAACAUCAUGGGAGAUAGAUUUAAUAACAAACACAAAUCGGCUUAUGUUUCUUCUGAUUGAAUUUGCUUUUCUUUAUAGCAAUUUUUUCCCUUGUGAACAUGAACCAUGUAAUGUGUCUGUAACCUAAUGAUUUAAUGUAAGUCCAUCUCAUAUAUCCACUUUUGGUAGUUUACACUAUGUGGAUGCUUUGUCUGUAGACAUUGCUUGAAAAAGGAGAAUAAACCUCUUACAUUUUAA